GAGGGGGCGCCCGGAGAGGGCCAGGGACCGGCCCACCGCACUGCGAGCGACGCUGCGCUCCGCCGGAGUCCUCCUCCCCCCUGCGGCCGCGGCGCCGUUAUUAUUACUAUUUCCAGGUCGAGCUCCGGGGCGAGGAGAGAUCCGGCGGCGUCCGAUGACGGCGUUGCCGGUCGUUCCCGAAUGCGUCAGCCACGUGUUGGCAGAGCUGGAGUGCCUGGACCCGCUGUUAUCUGCUCUCAGGUUGGAUUCCAGUCGCCUGAAGUGCACGUGCGUCGCUGCGUCGCGAAAAUGGCUGGCUCUGGGCAGCUCGGGAGGAGGGCUCCACCUCAUCCAGAGAGACGGCUGGAAGCAGAGGCUCUACCUGACCCACAAGGAAGGCGCCGUUUCCCAGGUCGCCUGGUGCCCCCACGAUGAAGAUUACGUCGCCGUGGCGACGAGCCAGGGCCUCGUGGUCGCCUGGGAGCUGAACGAGGAGCGGCGGGGGAAGUCCGAGCGGCUCUGCGUGUCGUCGGAGCACAGAGGGCGGACGGUGACGGCCCUCUGUUGGGACACGGCCGCUCUCCGCGUCUUCGCGGGCGAUCACCUGGGGAAAGUGUCCGCCCUGAAGAUCAACGCCUCCAAGCAGGGAAAGGCCGCGGCUGCCUUCGUGAUGUUCCCGGUCCAGGUCGUGACCACAGUCGACUCGCGAGUGGUGCAGCUCGAUUAUUUGGACGGGCGACUGCUCAUCUCGUCGCUUACCCGCUCCUUCCUGUGCGAUACCGAGAGGGAGAAGUUCUGGAAGAUCGGGAACAAGGAGCGGGACGGCGACUACGGAGCGUGUUUCUUCCCGGGCCGGAGCGCCGCGGGCCAGGCGCCGCUCAUCUACUGCGCCCGGCCCGGCUCGCGCAUGUGGGAGGCCAACCUGGAAGGCGAGGUCCUCAGCACGCACCAGUUCAAGCAGCUGCUCGCGUCGCCCCCCCUCCCCGUCGUUUCGCUCAGGACUGACCUUCAGUACCGCGACGUGGCCGGAUCCCCCCAGUCUCUGGCCUUUCCCAAACUCUUGUACCUGAGCGAGCGCCGUGUGAUGACCUGGACGGAAAGGGGCGUUUACAUCUUCGUGCCGCGGAGCGUCCAGGUUCUGCUGUGGAGCGAAGUCAGAGAUAUUCGAGACGUGGCCGUCCACGGGAACGAGCUGUUCUGCCUGCACGCGACGGGGAGGGUGUCGCACCUGUCCUUGCUGCCCGUGGAGCGGUGCGCGGAGCGCCUGCUCAGGAGAGGCCUGUGGGGCCUGGCCGCCCGAGUCUGCUGCCUCUUCCAGAACUCCAUCCUCCCCGGCAGGGUACGGAAAACUUUACCCGUAGACAAGCUGGAGCACUUGAGAUCCCAACUGGACGCCUCCACCCAAGGCGAUCUCGUCGCCCAACUGGACGAAACCAUUUCCAAGCUGGAACCUCUAGGUUCUGCCUGCAGCAGCAGGAGGAGCUCCGUCUCGUCGCACGAAAGUUUCAGCGUCCUGGACUCUGGCAUCUAUCGGGUCAUCAGUCGAAGAGGCAGCCAGUCCGACGACGACUCCUGCUCCCUACACAGCCAGACCCUCUCGGAAGACGAGCGACUCAAAGAGUUCACCUCCCACCAGGAGGAAGAGCAAGCCGACCGGGACCGUGUCUCUCACGCCUCAGCGCUGGCCGAGACCGAUCGGAACGAAACUUUCCUCCCAUUCAGUAUUCCAUUGUCAUUUCGUUCUCCAUCUCCUCUCGUCUCCCUCCAGGCCGUCAAGGAAAGCGUCUCCAGCUUCGUGCGGAAGACGACCGAGAAGAUCGGCACCCUCCACGCGAGCCCCGACCCGGGAGGGAGAGCGGAGCCCAGAGACGAGGAGGCGACCCGCGAGGGGGCGGACGGCGCGGUCCCCGCCCCCCGCCCGCGGGGCGAAGAGAACGAGGUAGAAGUAAAUCCCGAACCCCCAGAAGAGGACCGGCUUCGAGAGCUCAAGGUGGCGACGGCGGAAACGAGAACCAAGCUCCGAGAUCCCCUGGUUUUGUUUGAGCCGGCGUCCCUGCGAGAGGCUUUGCGGGAAUGGCUCGUCUGCCUAGAGGAAACAUUUGACCCCAAGGAAAUCUCCCACCUGGCAGAGGAGGAGCGGGAGGAGGAGGAGGAGGAGGAGGGAGAGGAGGAGGAGGAGGGCGACCCUUCGGGGAAGACAGGCCAGGAAGAAUCUCCUCCCCACGAAUCCCGAAACACGAUUUUGGCAUCGGGCCUCGGGGAGAGCGCGAGGGCCGGCGAAGAUCACGGAGGCAGCGGAGCCGGGGAAACGGCCGGGGAUUUGAAGGAAGCCUCGGGAAGCCAUCGGUUCCGAGUCUCUCCUCCCUGCUUCGUAGCCGAGGACCUCCGGAGGGACCUGGGACAGCUGGCCAGUCUGUGUCUGGAGUUAAACGUGUUGACGUCUGAGAGCGGACGGACGGGAGGACCCAGUGACCAGGCCGGCCGGUCGCCCGCUCUCUGGUCCCAAGCCCGCCGAUUCAUCCGGAAUUUCUUUUUCCUCCUGGAUCUGAAGAGAGUAAAGCAGUGCAUCCGAAUCAGUUACGCCGACAGUCCCGGGGUCUGGGAGACGUAUAUCGACGGGUUGAAAGAGCUGACCGAGUCUAGUCCUGUGUCUCAGGCAGUAGAAGCUGGCGAUCUCCCGGCCGUACUGAGCAUGUUAGAUGACCUGUCCCCCUGGGAUAGCCCUCUGCUUGUGGUUCACGCUACAAGGCUGUACGAGAAGUUUGGGGAGAAAGCUCUGCGGUCCUUCAUCCGCUUCUACCCCUCCGUUCUGCCGGCGGACAUCAUGUGGCUGUGUCGCCGCGAUCCCGCUCACUUUUUGGCCUACCUGGAUCACCUCGUCGGAUCGAGGCCGGAAGACCAAAGGAUGGCUUUCCUCGAGUCGCUUCUUCAGCCCGAGUCUCUACGGUUGGAUUGGCUGGUCUGGGCCGUCUCCCGUGACGCCCCCCCCCCCGGGAGCACCGUGGACAGUGAAGGGAACCCCAGGCCCCGGUCCCACCUGUGCCCCUGGGGUUACAGUCACCUCAUUCUGCUUCUGAUCAAACUCCCGGCCGAUUUUGCCACCAAAACGAAGAUGGCCGACAUCUGUAAAUCGCGUGGGUUGGGGACCGGGAGGGGAGAGAGAAGGGGCCGACCGGAAGCUUUCUUGAGAAAAGCCCAGGAGGGCCCAGGGCUCUAUUGCCUAGUCUUCUGGCCCGGUUAUCUCUCUCUCUGCGCGGAACUGGAUAGAAGAAGAGAAGCUUUUACGAUUAUCGUGCACCUGGAUGACAUGAGCCUGAUAGAUGGGGAAGAUGGUCUGAUCCCGGAGACCGUGGAGGAGUGGAAGCUGCUCCUCGGCCUGGCCCCGCGUGGCCGGGACGCCCCCGACGGAGGCCCGGGCCCCGGCGGCCCCCGGAGCGUCCACGCGGAGCGGGUGGCCCUCCUCCUGGCCGGGGCCGUCGGCCCCGACCGGGCCUUGCCCCUGCUGCAGGAGUGUGGGCUGACGGGCCGCUUGUCCGACACCUUCACCCGACACUGUGACGUCCUGCGGAUCGCCGAGAGACGGCAGAGAGCCCUGAUCCAGAACAUGCUGGAGAAAUGCGACCGAUUUCUCUGGUCCCAGCAGGCCUAGCCGGGGAGGGGAGGCGGGGGGAGUUGGCAAGAAACACCGUGAAGCCUUCGCAAAUCACCAAGCCAACUGCCCGGGAAUCGCUCCGAAGAGAGACGGAAGCAGAGGCCCCACGGUUUCUCAAAGCCCCGGCACCACGGGAUCGGCACUUAUAGUCCAAGUCUCUUAAACCACGCCAGUUGGUCUUCGAGGGCCGUCUCUUCUCGCAUUUCUGACUCCAAAGGAAGGGUCUCGUUAAAGCACCGAGGUCGUUUUUCAAGAGUUGGGCCCGGGGAGGUAUCCAAACUCUAUUCCAGCUCCCGGUUUACGGCACCUGUUCGCGGGAACGGGUCUUCUAACGUAGGCAGAAUGCGAGGGGUUCCCGCUCAGGGAGGCGAGCGCCUUUAGCUGGCGUAUCAUUGAGCGCCUACUGAACGCAGAGCACCGGACUCAGCUCUCAGCGAGCCCGGAAUUAGUGUUCCGUUCCUUCCAGGAGGUGAGGGGUUUUUUUCUUUUGUUUAUUUGUUGGUUUUUUGUUUUUAUUUUUUUUGUUUAAUAAAUAACCCAACUGAUUAUCAAGCACUGUUUAGGACACUUGUGAAAGUGAGCCACCCAGCAAAACCUCAGCUAGAACGGAAUGAACGAGGAGGACUUUAAAGCGCAGUGCCGCCGAGUCUUCCCAACAUCCGGCUUGCAACCUGAAUUGCUGCUCCGUCUGCUUUGUAGGGGAAACCAGACCUUACGAUACUGUAUUUAAUCAAUGAUUUUUUUUGUUGCGUCGUCGAUCGGAACGAUCUCCGGAUAACCGGAAACCUUCUUAACGCUUGAGAAAACGAAGAGCAUCAACCAGCGAGCGUUUACGGUUGUAAAAUCGGUCGCCCGCCUAAUUUGCGCGUAUGGACCGGUUGCCGUCUGUACGUAUUCUGGACAUUCUAGAUCAUACCAACUUAAUAUCGAGAACUGCGCUUAUUUCGUUAUGGAAAUACUAACGACGCACCAUCUUUUAACCCGCAAAGCUGUCUUUGUGAGGACACGGUAUAAAAGAAUUUACAAAUUAAGUUUCUUUCAGCGACUCCUCGAAGAUACUCAGUCGAUCGAUGGUAUUUGAGUGCUUACUGCGUGCAGAACUCUGUUCUAAGCGCUCGCAAAAGUCUAAUAAAGUACACAUGAUCAAG